AGGACCGAUCACCCGACGACGCACAAACACCACUCCGCACGGAUUAGCCGACGCCGACGGUGAGCAGCCCAUCAGAGCGCGACGAUGGCGGGCGUCUUUUGGGGAGGCGGGAGGGCGGACGAGGUGGCUGACUUCGACGAGUACGACCCCACCCCCUACGGCGGCGGCUACGACAUCGCCCUCACCUUCGGGCGUCCGCUGCCGCCCUCCGAGGAGACCUGCUACCCGAUCUCCACCGCCUCCUCGUACGACCGUCCGCAGCAGCACGGAGGCCGGAGGCCCGGGGCCGAGGAGUCCCACGGCUCAGCUGCAGGGUACGGUGGAGGCGGCGGCGGGUACGCGGGGGCGGGGCGGCCUCAUCAGCUUCAUAAGGAGGAGGAGACCCACGGCUACGGGAGGAAGGGGGGACACGACGACGACCACGAGCAGCAGGCGUACCGAAAGCCGAAGCCCUCGUACGGGCACGGGGACGGCGACGACGACCACCAGGCGUACAGGAAGCCGAAGCCGUCGUACGGGGACGAGAGGCCCAGCUCCGGCCGGAAGAAGAAGAAUGACGACGACGAUGACUCUGAUGACGACGGCGCGAGGAAGCCACGUUACAAAAAGAAAGACGACGACGACUCGGAUGACGAUGACAGGAAGAAGCGCUACGAGAAGAACGACCGCCGCCGCCGCCACGACUAUGACGAUUGAGCUAUAUGCAUGCAGUCUCGUAUAUACACAUGUGCUCGAGUCACGCGUUAUGCAAUGUAUCAUCCCCAUUGCAUCUCCUACUAGCAGUACUGUAGUAAAUAAGCGAAGCUGAGAUGCAGGGGGAUGCAUAUGGUGGACACAGUUUUGAUUUCAAGUGACGCCGCUUUACAGCCUACUUCUUCCUUGUUUUUGUUCUUCACCUUUUGUACUGUUCUGAUGGUAACCUGUAUACUCGCGCGGUUACUUGCGACCAUUGUUUUUUUUUGAACAAAAUAUUACUGUCGA